AUGCCUCUGCAAAAAGAACAGGUGAAGAGCAUUCGCAACAAAAUGCGUCGCGAAAAGCUCUUAGCCACCAUUAAGCAUGAGCGGAAUAAGCAAAGACAUCAAAUGCGUGCUCGCCGUGCUACUGAGGAGGAAGCUGAUCCGCAGCUGAAGGAAGAGCGUUUGAAAAAUAAUGUGCCUGCAACUAUCGAGUCUAAGAGAGUCUACGAUGAGACUAUCGGCACCGAGGUUGAAGGCGACGAGUUCGACCAGUAUUUUGAGGAAGGAAAACAGCCCAAAGUACUGAUCACUACCAACAAAAAUGCCCACAAAGAAGCGUAUGUUUUUGCAGAACUUUUGUUGGAGAUCAUCCCUGGAUCCCACUUCGUCAAGCGCAAAUCGCAGUUCGAAAUGAAAGAUAUUGCAAAGCUUUGUUCCAAUCGUGACUAUACCGAUGUGAUCGUUAUCAAUGAGGACAAGAAGGUUGUAAACGGUCUGACCUUUAUCCAUCUGCCCGGGGGGCCUACAUUCUACUUCAGUGUAUCGAGCCUGACUCUCCCUGAGCGUAUUUCAAAUCAUGGUUCAGCCACAGAUCACAUCCCGGAGCUGAUCUUGAACAAUUUUUCGACGCGGUUGGGUAAAACCGUCGGCCGCCUCUUUCAGUCGUUAUUCCCCCACCGCCCAGAGUUCCAGGGAAGGCAGGUCGUCACUUUACACAAUCAGCGUGAUUUCAUCUUUUUCCGUCGUCAUCGUUAUAUCUUUAGAAGUGACGAGAAGGUAGGACUCCAAGAAUUAGGACCCCAGUUUACCCUCCGCUUACGCCGUCUUCAAAAAGGCAUUAGAGAUGAGAUUUCUUGGGAGCAUCGCCCCGACAUGGACCGCGAUAAGCGUAAGUUUUAUUUAUGA